AUGAGCAGUCACGCAAGACUUUUAAACUUAAAUAGAAAGUGUUCCUCUAGAAAUUUUGAUAAUGAUGAAUAUAUUUAUAUUCCAAGUGAAAAUGAAAGAACUGAAGAGGAAUAUGAGGAGCAAGAGGAAUUAAAGUGUUCAAAUACUGAAAUACUUCAACUUCCUUCUAAAUUACAAUAUUUUAAUAAAAAAAAAUCAACAAAAAAAGAACAAGAGGAAGCAUAUAAUAAAGAUGAAAAAAAUAAAAGUGAUAUUAUUAUUGCUAUAAGUUCAAUACUUGAAAGUGAAAUACCAAAAGGAGAAUGUGUUAUUUCUUAUAAUGAUGAUUCUACAACAUCAAAUUUAAUUAGUUAUUUUGCACGAAUUCAUAAGGUAUAUAAACUAAAUGAGAAAAAAAUAGAUAAUAAAAAAUCUUCAAACCAAUUAGAUAUACAAGAUGCAAUUAAAAAUCAACAAUUGAAAAAAGAAGAAGAAUAUGAAGAAUCUCGUCAAUUAUUA